AUGCUUACGGAUUUUGGUUGUGCGUCCGAUAAAGCAGUCAUUCGAUUUGAUGGAACUGGGACUCCGCGAUAUCUUGCACCAGAGCAACAGUACGGGGAGCUACAUGGAAAAGAAGUUGAUUAUUGGAGUUGCGGUAUUAUCGGGUUGGAAUUGGUACGCGGAAGAGUGAUCGAGUCAAGAAUCAAACCCUGUGGUGAUGGUCUUCUUGAUCUUGGUAAUCAAGAUAUAACCAACUUGAGCUCGCCAGACAUUUUGUCAAAGUGCUCUCGAGCCAUGCUACAAGUUGAGCCGGACUUGCGAAUGACAGCCGUUCAAGGUUUAAAGCUUUUUCAAGCCCCUGGAGUGCAACAACAAGGCCCUGUCAAGCGAAGGAUUGACAGCUCUCCGUUGUUGAAUGAUAAAAGUUUAGCUGCGCCCGCGUUUGACAAGUAG